UUUGCAUGACGGCCAUCCUCUAAGAGCAAAAGCCUUUCCAGAAGACAGAGGCUAUCUUCAGCCUACGGCAGCACCAACAGCACAGGCCCCAGCAAAACUUCUCCUGCACCCAGCGGACCAAGGGCCGGACAGCACUUUAGAAGCAAGAUCGGCAGAUGGUUACAUCACCUCUCAAAUAGCUGCCACGACCUCCAGCUCUGAGAACCCCGCGACACACACAAUCCCAACUCCAGCAACUGCCCCAGGAACUGCAAAAGGCACCCCAUCCACCAACCCAGUUACCCACACCCUCGUCACAACCCAGGCCUUACCCAACAGCUCACACACAACUCCAGUGACUGAAGCUACAGUAGGCCCCAGCUUAGCGCCUCACCCGCAGCCACCCACUGUCACCCCACCGGCCCACACAACAGGAAGUAGCCCGUCAACUCUCAGCUACACAACUGGGAAAACCGCCCAGCUCAGCCACCAGACUACCCCUCCGACACCACAUCAAGGCGCAUCCAGUCAGAAGCCUAUUCAACCCACUCAUGCCCUAGGAACCAUGACGGCUGCACACAAUGUCACCCACACAGCCUCGCCUGCCACUGCAGCUCCUGGGCCCACCCUAGCACCUCGGCCGUCAUCCGCCAAGAUUGGAGUUUAUCAAGUUCUGAACGGAAGCAGACUCUGUAUAAAAGCCGAGCUGGGGAUACAGCUGAUCGUUCAAGACAAGGAGGCCGCUUCUUCGCCUCAGAGAUACUUCAACAUCGAACCCAAUGCAACCCGAGCCUCUGGGAACUGUGGCUCUCGAAAAUCCAACCUUCUCUUGCAUUUCCAGGGCGGAUUUGUGAACCUCACAUUCGCCAAGGGUGAGAAAUCAUACUACAUCAGUGAAGUGGGAGCCCAUUUGACGGUUUCGAGUCCAGAGAAAGCUUACCAAGGAAGGAAAAGUGCGGUGGUGAUGUUCGAGACCGUGGUCGGGCACUCCUUCAAGUGUGUGAGUGAGCAGAGCAUCCAGCUGUCAGCCCACCUCCAGCUGAAGACCACCAAUGUCCAGCUCCAGGCCUUUGACUUUGAAGAGGGUGGCUUCGGGAACGCGGACGAAUGCCUCAGUGACAGGAACAGGAGAGAUGUCCCCGUGGCCCUGGGCCUGAGUAUCACAGGACUGCUUGUCGUUUUGCUAACAGCAUGCCUGGUGGCCAGAAGGAAGCCCAGUCGAGGAUACCAACGCAUAUAAAGCCCCACCUUCUCUGAAGCGUGCAAGGCCUUGGGGAUUCUGCUUUCAUACUCAGCCUGCGUGGAAUGACUGACUUCUCUAGUUGCCUGGCAGCUCUCCCAAGAUGCUUAGAAACCUUAGCUUCCCACCAAAGGCCCCAGAAGUCUUGUGAAAGGACACCCCCUCCUCCUCCUUCCUCCUGCCCUGCUUACGGCUCCAGUGCCCCCUUCCACUACUGAACGGAACGGGCUGGCUCCGUGAAAUAGGGGCCAAGAGGCAGAGACUCGUGAGAAGGAGAAAGCAAAGUCUUAACGGGAGAAUUGUAAGGGAGACGUUUUCAAACUGCAGGAAUUUUUCUUAUGCAUUUUAAGAUUCUCAAUAUUUGGAGGUUUAAAUCUGUUUUUUAUUCUUUAAAUUUUUUUUUCUUUAGGCAUGAUAGAGUGUAAGUUCAUGCACAUGAGAGAGAGAGAGAGAGAGGAGCACCCUCGUCAGGUCUGGUCACCCCACAGUCCCUGUCCGCCAGUCCUAAGCUGAUCUGGGCCGUGUGUGGCGCACCCUAUGCGUCUUUCAGGCUAGUGGGCCGGGGACUCGAACCAAGAUCACCAUGUGGGACCUGACUUCUUUUGAGUAGCAUACUACCACUGUUCCAGGGUUUUUAUUUUUGGAGAGGUUUUUGCUAUAGGGCGCAUACGCUCGCCA